GUUUGGUGAAACGUGAAUGGAGGAGGACGUUCCAUCGCGCAGUCAAAAUUGACAUCUUGAUUGGUGUUUGUGGUGUAUAAUUUCAUGUAUGGAAAAUGUGAAUUUUGUGUGCGGAAAUUGCAGUGAAAAUAGCAAAAGUGAGCGUGUGAAUUAAUCAUCUUGCGAACUGCACAAACAUUUAGAUAUACAAAUUAAGGAUCAUAUUACCUCUUGAGAGUUGAACGAAGCUACCAUCCUCUUGUCGUCGCACAUCAAGAAAAGUUUUUGGUGCACAUAGUAGCGGGUUGUACACAACACUGCGGAAUUGGGAAAUGAUGAGAUGAAUUCUCAAAUGUUUGACACACUCAAUUCUGAAAUUUCCUUCUCUGUAUCCGUAUAAAUUGAAAUUGACGAGAUUGCACAAGUUUUCCCAUAUACAUAUAUUGAAUGCAAUACAUCAAUGAAAUUGGGGUGAAUACAGGGGGAUGUGUAUAACGUUACGUAUCUUAUUUAUCACAUUUGGAAAUGUAUAAUGCCGAACGAUAAAUAAUGCACGUGAUUCAGUGAUGAAAAUAUAGGCAGUUUGUUUGGUGCAAAAUUCUAACAGUGUGAUGAGUAUUCUGAACAAGUUCCAAGGGUUGUGUGGUAUAGUACUCUGUAAAGUUCACCUGCAUCGCGGCAGAUAGUGUUGUAGAUUGAUUAUUGUUUUCCUACAACAUACAUUGCAACCUAUCAUUCAAUCUGCACACAAUUUAUUCGAAAACAACGUACCCCUGAAUGCGGUGUAAAGUCAACCAAAUCAAAAUCGCAUCUGAUUCACUGCCAAUUUAUUAAACGAAAUUACAUUCAGCAGCGAAUUGUUCUUUCGUUUUUUCUUUCAUUGUGCAUCCAAAGUGUGUGCGCGUCGAAGUGAUUGAAAUUACGGGGAAGAAGAGGAGAGAUUUGAAGAAAGGAAAAUGACAAACGACGUGGUACGAUGGACCAGCAUCAAUGGCAGCAAAUGGAUGAGGUUGUGUAGUGAAAAUGUAUUUAAAUCAAUUUUAUACGAGAUAGUUGUGCUAUUAUUAGUAAUUAAUUGUAAUAUAUCGGCGGUGAGAUGUGCCAGCACGGGUAGUGGUGUAAGUAGUGACAAUGAAUGGGACGUUGAUCUCUAUGAUGAGAUGACCCAUGGCCAUUAUACACCAACAUGGGCACUCCAUAUUCCCGGCGGGAAGAACGUAGCAGACGCCGUGGCAGCUGAACAUGGAUUCAUCAACAUGGGCGAGAUAUUUAAUGAGCACUAUCACUUUCACCAUAACAAGGUACAAAAACGGUCAAUAGAUCCGUCGUAUCACCAUCAGGGUCGUCUCGACGGUGACCAUAGAGUACGGUGGGCUGUGCAACAAAGGGCAAAAUCACGCCAAAAACGGGAUCUAAUUAGGAUACGACCUAGCAGGACUUUUAGUGUUCAACUUAAUGAUCCCAAGUGGCAGCAUAUGUGGUAUUUGAAUCGCGGCAAUGGACUCGAUAUGAAUGUGAUACCAGCGUGGAAAGAAGGUAUAACAGGAAAGGGAGUUGUUGUAACGAUUCUCGAUGAUGGAUUGGAGUCAGAUCAUCCCGACUUGGAGCAUAACUAUGACCCUCAGGCGUCGUACGAUGUCAACAGUCACGAUGACGACCCCAUGCCACACUAUGAUAUUUCGGAUUCAAAUAGACAUGGCACACGGUGUGCCGGUGAAGUAGCUGCUACGGCAAACAAUUCCCUCUGUGCUGUGGGAAUUGCGUAUGGGGCGAGUGUGGGUGGGGUACGGAUGCUCGAUGGGGACGUGACGGAUGCUGUGGAGGCACGAUCGUUGAGCCUCAAUCCGCAGCACAUUGACAUCUAUAGUGCUUCAUGGGGUCCCGAUGACGAUGGGAAGACAGUCGAUGGGCCCGGAGAACUUGCCACAAGGGCCUUCAUUGAGGGCGUCAAGUAUGGGCGCAAUGGCAAGGGAAGCAUCUUCAUUUGGGCCUCUGGGAAUGGGGGACGGGAGCAUGAUAAUUGCAAUUGCGACGGGUACACCAAUAGCAUUUGGACACUAUCAAUUUCAAGUGCCACCGAGGAAGGUGCUGUACCGUGGUACUCGGAGAUGUGUAGCUCAACACUCGCGACAACUUAUAGUAGUGGCGGACAGGGUGAGAAGCAGAUUGUCACGACGGAUUUGCAUCACAGUUGCACCACAUCGCAUACUGGCACAUCGGCGUCAGCACCUCUAGCAGCUGGAAUAGUGGCUCUCGUUCUCGAGGCAAAUAGAAAUCUCACGUGGCGAGAUUUGCAGCACAUAGUGGUGAGAACGGCAAAACCUGGCAAUCUCAAUGACCCAACGUGGGGCCGCAAUGGGGUUGGACGACGUGUGAGUCAUUCCUUUGGCUAUGGCCUCAUGGAUGCAGCUGGAAUGGUGAAGUUGGCGCGAACGUGGAAGACUGUACCUGAACAGCAAUUGUGCGAAAUCAAUGCUCCACCUCUCGACAGAGUUAUUCCACCCAAAGGCCAAAUAACGCUCACCCUCACUGUGGAGCAUUGCAUGGGUGUUAACUAUUUGGAACACGUCCAAGCUAAGAUAACAUUAACGUCUCAACGACGGGGAGACAUACAAAUCUACUUGACAUCCCCAGCUGGAACGAGGGUCACCCUCCUCACGUCGAGGAUUCACGACGUCUCCCGGGCCGGAUUUACAUUAUGGCCAUUUAUGUCAGUCCAUACAUGGGGUGAGGCUCCACAUGGAAAUUGGCAGCUCGAAAUACGGAAUGAAGGGAGAUAUAUGGCACAAAUUACGGAUUGGCGAUUAUUGUUCUACGGUACGGCAGUUCCGCCCCAACCCAAUGAUCCGCCUCGCUUUGGGAAGCCCGGACAGAUGGGGCCAGAUUUAGACCACAAUUCAUUGGAAUUCGAGGGUGAACGCGCCAGUGGGCAGUGGAGGGAGACUCAUCAGGUCGGCGAAAGUCAUGUGGAUGUACAACGAACCGCAUCUGGGGAUGUCGUCGAUCAUGCCUGCCUCAGCUAUACGCCCGAUAAGAAAUGCUUAGAAUGCGAACACAGGACCUUCUUGUAUGAUGGAUUGUGUUACUCCUCCUGCCCCGAUGGGACUUACGUGACAUCAGACGAUGUACCAAAGAGUCGUCACCGUGAGGGACACCUCUCACUGCGAUCCUCAACACAGGGCACUGUGGAAGCAGCACACGAGGAUCCCGAUUAUGCCAUUCUGGAGCCAGAGAAACGCAAAGUGCCAUCAACUGCAGAUCCCAAAGUUUGCUUCCCGUGCCAUUCCUCAUGCCUCCGUUGCAGAGGACCUACGGAGGCUGAGUGCUCAGCCUGUACCGAAAACUAUGAUCUCGUCACCCUCAAGAUUGACAGUUUCUGCCUCAAACGACCCGAAAGGAAGAUCUUGGGACUCACAAAAGGGGCCUUUGUGCUAUCAGUGAUAGUCUUUGCAAUUGUCCUCUGCUCCACAGCUCUUCCGGUGGUGUGGUGCAUCCGCAAGAGGCGACUAUGCUUCCACCAAAACACCAACUAUGAGUAUGAUCCGGUUAAAACAGACACAGAUGGGCUAUUCCCAAAUUUUCCCAGUAGCCUCAAAACAUCCCUCACCCCAAAGAGUAACACCCUAACACUUUCCAGUGAUUCCGAGGAUGAGAACUGAUGUGAGAAGAAAAUUCUGUGAUGCCUGAGCAGCUGAGCUUUUUGGACAUAAUUUAGUAGAGAAAAAAUUCUUAAUUUCAUAAUAUUUAUUAAAUCUGGUUGAAAUUGUUGGUAAUUUUUCAUUUUCUUUAAGAUUUCAUUUUUUUUCAAAGAAAAAUCAAGAAAAUUCAGCAUAAAAUGAAAAAGGGAAUAAAACAGUUUUAUUUGAGAAAA